AUGUCUCCAUCCAUGUCUGAUAAUGGCAACGAUCCAUCAUACUCCUCAGAAUCAGAGGCCACAACUUACGUCCAUGAUUCUGCAGACUCCUUCUCAUACACUCUUCCGCCACGACCAAAUCCUUCUGCAGACACCGGGCUCAUCAUAUCACCCCGUAACGAAGAUCCUAAUGCCUACCCUCCUUCGCCAAACAGCAUCGAUGUGUUUACCAUAGGUCCAAUCACCGCGCUCAAGCUACUCUGUGGUGGAAUUGAGGCCUUGGUACGAAUCACUGGCGAUGUCCCUCCAACACCCCCUCCGAGCUUCUCGACCCCACCAAAUAUGCGAGGGAUGCAGGCAGAGAAGGAUAGCAUCAUAAGAAGCAAUUCAUACAAGAACCUUGCCGAGUUACAACAGCGUCCUAGGACGCCUUCAGCCUCUAGUGGAGCGGAGGAGGAGUAUGACGGGGUCACCUUCAAGAAAGCCCGCGUAGGAAGUCCUGUUGUUGUGCCUACUCAGCCACAUAUCAUAAUCGGCGACAAUGCGGAACCUCUGAAUGUUCAGCACAGCGCUAUUACCCGCAAAUUCUACUCGAAACAACCUCCUCCGAUCUCAUUGGAAGACUACCUUAUGCGAAUACACAAAUUCUGUCCGAUGUCAACGGCGGUAUACCUCGCGACGAGCUUCUAUAUUCACAAGCUGGCAGUUGACGAACGAGCAAUUCCAGUCACACGUCGAAACAGUCACCGAUUACUUCUUGCGGGUCUUCGAGUUGCCAUGAAAGCUCUCGAAGAUCUGAGCUACCCACAUUCCCGGUUCUCAAAGGUUGGAGGAGUCAGCGAGGGCGAACUCGCAAGACUAGAAAUCAGUUUUUGUUUUUUGACAAAUUUUGAAUUCAAGACGAGCAAGGAGACACUUUUACAGCAUGCUAUUAGUCUGAAAGAGAUUUCUUCAUUACAAGGAUCGAUGAACUUUGUCCCGCGACUACCAUUGAAGAGAAAGGAGAAUGUUGGGGUUAAAGAGGUUACUGAAGCUGUAUAA